AUGAAGGAGCUCGGAGAACAUUUUCUUGGUCUUGAAGUGGAGCGGACUAAGGAUAGGAUAUUUCUAUGCCAACAGAAAUAUGCCCGUGAUCUUCUAGAAAAAUAUGGAAUGGUCGAUUGCAAGCCUAUGUCAACUCCAAUGGAGGUUAAUGCAAGGUUAUGUUCAGUCGAAGGCAAAGAUCUAGAAGAUGUGACCAUGUACAGACAGUUGGUGGGAAGUCUUAUCUAUCUCACGCUAUCCAGACCAGAUAUUGCUUAUGUAGUGAGUGCGAUUAGUCGGUUUAUGCAAAAACCGAUGAAACGUCACCUGGAGGCAGUACGACGGAUAUUAAGGUACGUGAAAGGGACCAUUUACUAUGGAAUCCUGUACCGCAAUGAUAAAGAGUUUGAAGUUGUCGGAUACUGUGAUGCUGACUAUGCUGGUGAUCUUGACACACGUCGAUCAACUACGGGUUAUGUAUUCAAUCUGGGUUCUGGAGCAGUCUCUUGGUGUAGCAAGAGACAACCAACAGUGUCACUAUCAAGUACGGAAGCGGAAUAUAGAGUGGCGGCUAUGGAAACGCAGGAGUGUGUGUGGUUGAUGCAAUUACUCAAGGAUCUGCAUCAACCAAUAGAUCGGGGAAUCAAGUUAUGCUGUGACAAUCAGUCUGCGAUACGUUUAGCGGAAAAUCCUGUUUUUCACGCCAAGACAAAACAUGUGGAGGUACAUUAUCAUUUUGUCCGAGAAAAGUAUCUAUGGGGUGAGAUCGAACUUGAACAAGUGAAUACGGAAGACCAGGUUGCUGAUAUAUUCACAAAAGGUCUUAGAGGACCAACAUUUGAAAAGUUUCAGAAACAACUUGGUAUAAUGUCGAGACUAACUUUGAGAAAGUAG